UGCCACCACCAGUCGGCAGAAUGUCACGGUCGUCAUCCAUGUCUCAGCCGAAUCCCAAUCCAUUCGCAUUUGGUAUUGACGUAUCACCUGCUAACCCGUUCGACUUCGACCACCCACAAUCCAGGCCACCGACCUCAGGAGGCCAGCGCGCGCGCGGUGCGUCUCCUGAUUACGACGAGGAUGACGGCGACGAGUCGGAUGACGAGCACCCUUCGACCGCGCGAAACGGGUAUCAGAUGCACAUGUCAGGCGGUUCAGAUGAGUCCAAAGAGAGGUCAUCCACUUCGACGACAACCACGCCCCCAGGCUCGUCUGCACGGCGAGGUAGCCGCACUUCACCGUCUGCGGAGGGUGGGGGUGCUUCACACGGAAACGAAGUCCCGGCUGAGUACAAGGGAGAAGUCGAGCGCAUCUUCUUUGAGUUCCUCAACAAGACAUGUUCGAACCUGGACGCAACCGACGCCAAGGGCGAACCCAUCCACCAGACGCUUAUGGCGAAGAAGAUGCAGCGUUUGGACGAGUCUCCUGAUUUUCGCCCAUUCAAGUUCCGCAUCCAAGCUUUCACGAAUGCCUUCUUGGAAGAGCUCGCCCAACAAGGUUAUCCGGAGGAAAAGAUCCCAAUGAAAAAGAUCAGAAACUUCCUGUGGAAUCAACAGUACAUCUCGCGCUUCAACGAGGAGGGAAAGAAGUCGAAAUCGAAGGGAAAUCACAUAUGGCAUGUGGACGCAAAGAAGACCGAGGGUGGGUGGGCAUUCCGCCCUUUCCAGCGCAAGCUGGCGGGCGCGCCUCCAGGGGUAGCGUACAUUGGUUUGCGAUGGUCUUGGACGCCGCGCAUCUGGGAUCCCCAGGCGUCGCGCUCGAAUAUGCCUGUCACAUUCACUUCUCCGAAUCUCCCCUCCUGGCUGUCCUGGAAUGAAGACACGCUAUCUGGCAUUCCUCCGCCAGACGCUGAGAGUUGCGACGUUACCGUUGAAGCAAAGUUCGUGCAAGACGGCAAAGAGGAGAUGCUUUCACAUACAGUGCACGUUAAUAUUGCUCCUAUGACCGCCGUCGACGCGUCGUUCACUCCGUCACGACGACCGUCGUUAGUUGGCGAUAUGCACAAUACCAGACGCGUAAUGAGCGAUUCAGUGCUGCCGCAGCAGGCUCCUCAAAGAAUUCUGCGAGCACAGCCUCCGCUGGCUCCCGCAAUUGCACCGGCACCGGUUGUUGCACCAGACUCUCAAGUUGUGCAAGUGCUAACUACAGCAGCCCAAAGAGUCGCGCAGGAAGCUCAGUCUCAGGUUGUUGCUGCUUCCACGUUACCGCACAUCGACAUCUCCCAAGCGGAACUUGAGUCUCUCGCGAAGCAGCAACACGUCCUCACGGUGACGGCCCAGGCCUUUAACAACAAAAGUAGCGGCGAACCACCCGUAGGAUCGACGUCACAAUCAAACGCUCUUGCCGCGGCAGCCCAGCAGGUGGUUCUCCAAGCCGCGCGGCAGGUCGCCGCCGACCGUACUUCGGCAACGCUAUCAUCAGGGAUCAUCUCCUCCCAGGCAGUGGCGAAUCAGGUUCAGGUUACCGUCAAGGAGGUCUCUGUUGCGACUCAGUCUGCUGUCGCACAAGCCGUGGAGAUGGUCGGGCCUCUCUCAAGCGAGGUCGAUGUGAUGAUGACGGCCAAAUCACUGCUCCAGCAACAGACGCGCAACCCGCCAUUGCCUCCACCUCUCACGGCAGAUCUGGCGCAGCUCACGGCGUCGCUUGACUCUAUCCGGCCACAUUCAACAGGCAACAUCCUUCCUAUCCCCUUCCCGACGCAGUCUGUCGUUCCCCCACCGCCACUCAUACCGACCUUCUUCGCGCAUGGUGGCUCAUGAUCUCGGGAGUGUACGGGAUAUGGCGAGUUUCAAAUCCGCCGGGAUUUGUAUGUUAUAUAUUUAUGACAUGAAUGGGGUCCCUGUUUGCCUUUUUUCUUUCUGCUUGUGUCGUGCUUACUUCGCUGUUGUCAUAGUAUUGCUACUUGCCUGCUCGUGAGUUCGCUCUUGAUAUAGAACAUAUUCUUAACGCUAUCGCUGCCCGUCCGUUCC